GUACUUUUGAAGAAAAGAUUGUGGGUAGAACAUAACAUUUUCCCGUAAUAUGUAUCCUGAAUCGAUAUUUUCGCAAGGUACUUAUUACCCGAUUUCUUAUCCUUAAUAUUCUGGAGCUAGGUCCAAUUUGUCGGGUUUCCACAUCGGCAACUAACAGAAUCAACUAUCAACUACCUCCCCAACUUUCCCCUUUCUUCUUUUUCUUCCUUAUCCAAUUCUACUACAAAAAAUUAGGGCUACAUGAAAACUUCCAAUUGAAAAAUUUAGAUUGAUUAUAUCAUUCUUUCGUUGGAAUAAUCAUUCGAGGAAUCCCUUUUCAUUAUCAAUAGGGGGAAAAAAAAGUUUUUUUCCUGCUCAUUUUUUGUUCGUCUGUUUUGAGAAAUAAAUUUAUUCCGGUGGAACUUUCUUCCCGAUAAAAGUUUGUAACUUGCAGGGUUCCGUUGAAUUGCGGCCUCUGAACAAGGGUCAAUUGGUUCUCUUCUACGGCAAAGUCAAGUGUUCCUUUGAACUGUUGAACAGGAACGAUGUCAACUCAGUAUCCUGUUCUCUAUGAUCGACCAAUCAACAAAUGGAAGGUGACAGAACUGAAAGAAGAGCUUAAGAGACGGAAUUUAAUGGUAAAGGGUUUGAAGGAUGAUCUAGUAAGAAGAUUGGAUGAAGCAAUUCGCAGCGAAAGAUCAAAUCUUGAGGCACAAGGACAAACCAAUAUGCAUCAUAUCAAUGAACCAUUGGGUCAGGAUGGAGCCUCUUACAAUGCAUUGCUAAAUCUUGGGGUACAUGUGCAGAGAGAUUCGGAUGUUUUCAAGGAACCUUUGAGCGAUCAUAGUCAUCUGAAACAUGAUGUGCAAAUAGCUGCUCAGAAGAAGGAUGAUAAUGAGGCUAUAGUGGAAAGCUACACCAUUGGGACUGACAUGGUUGAUGGAACUUCUCAAAGUGAUGAAGGGAGAACAGAUGGUGCAUCUGUUCCUUUCUCAUCAUUAGUGGGAUCAGGGGUUGUAGGCAGUUCUGAUGGCACCAGUAAUAACAUGGAUAAGCUUUUGUCUAACCCAAUUGCUCAAAGUGAGGAUUUACAUGGAAACAGUGGAGUUACAAAGGAGAAAUCAGUUUUAGGUUAUGAGCAGGCAGACAGUCUAGUUGAAGCGGAUCGUCUAGAGACUUCUCUCCAAAGUGGAGGUUUUCAGAGUGAACUAGGAGGUCAACAGGUUGUAACUAGCAGUGACAAUAUUAAGAAUAGCAUUGCGGAGGCGGAAAAUGAGCAUAUUGAGGUAGUGCCAUCUGCAGCUGGAGAAAAAGUCGUGGUUAGCCCUGGAACUGAGUUGGGGGAUGAGUAUUUAAAGCCUAUUCAGAUGAAUGCCACUUCUCAGGUGACCCACCCAAGCAACCAGGUAUAUGAGGUUAGCUCGAACUUAGGGUUUCAAGUACACUAUGAGUCAAUUACAACUGAUAAUAAUAUUACUAUCUCUAAUAUUGAAAAAACUGAAAUAAAUGAAAAUUUAAAUGAUAAUAACUUUAAAUUAGAACCAAAAGUUGUUAGACAGGAGACCGUACAAUCAUCAUCCCGUAAAGACUCUUCAGGUGAUGACAGCUUUUUUGCAUCAGAAGUUAAAGCCCCAGAUGUGAAAGAGGAUUUGGUUGUAGAAGCUGAUGAUAAACAUAAUAUGAUAUCUAGUGAGAAAACUUAUAGUGCAGAUGAUGUUUCUGUAUUAGACCAAAUCAAGGAGAAUAGGGGUCCAGAUCAAGUGGCAGGUGAUAAUGAGUUAGAUCAACUGUCCUCGGCUGCAAAUACAAAUUUAGAUGACGCUCAUAAUCCUGAUGUGCCUCUUGAGCGCAUGGACCCCUCUCUUGAUGAGAAACUUGAUGUUGCUGUUUCAAGCGAAGGACAGUUGCUAGAUGGAGGCCCUCUUGAAAAAAUAAAUCUAGAUCAAUCAUCAGCUGAUGAUUCCGUGGACGAUGAUAUGAUGGAGACAAAACAUACUGAUUCUGACUUUAAUCAAAGCAAAGUGGGUGAUGAGAUCAAGUUAACUGAAGAAAUCGUUAUGAAUGCUGCUGAUUCUGUCACUGCAGCCGUGCAAGCUGAUACUCCUGCUAAUAUUCCUUACUCGUCUGAUGCAAAUGAUGAUAGAAUGCCCCCGUCUUCUGAGAAAAGAAAAUUCGAAGUUGAACCUGCACCAGAAAAUAAUGAAACUCGGAAGAGGCAGAGGAGAUGGAGUGAGGGAAAAGUAAAAAUGCCUGAACAACGAGGCUCGGAUGUUUCACUGUCUAAAGUAUCAGUAAUGGAUCCCAGUGUUGAUGGAUCUAAAUUAACUGAAGGAGAUAAUGAACGUGUUGGUUAGUAGAUUUGUUGAACUCUUUUGUUUUUUUCUCUUUUGGGACUUGGUUAUGACAAGGAGUUAUAUUUUGAUGUGUAUAUCAUGUUUUGACUCUUUUGUUUUCAUUGAAAAAAUGGCAGUGCCUCCGUCUUCUAAAGCGCCCACUAACUCUCUCCGCAUUGAUAACUUCCUUCGUCCAUUUACGCUGAAAGCUGUGCAAGAGCUCCUGUCUAGGACAGGCACUUACAGCGCCUUCUGGAUGGAUAACAUCAAGACCCAUUGCUAUGUGACGGUAACUUGUCUCUUUUUCUGAUGUCCAUGCAAGAGUGAAUUAUAUUGGUUUGAUUCAAUCUCUUUUGAUGUUCCUCCCAACUUUCCUGGGUUUUACUGGUAUCGCUGGCUGUUGUAUCUUUCCAGGGAAGAGUGUCUCUAAUAAUAACCGGUUUUUCAUUGUUAAAUGUUAACAUUCUUUUGGUUGAGGGGGUGACAACUGCUAAUUCAUGUUAAACACGAAAAUGAGUACAACUGCUGGCUGUUUUACUAAGUAUGUUCUUUACUACCUGAUUGAUCUGGUUUAAGUGUUAGUUAAGAAGCUCAGUAGCCACAGUAAUCCAACCACCAAGUAGAGAUGCUAGAAACUAUUGUUCAAACUGCAACAUUAGAAGCUGAAGCCAGAUAGUUGAUUUGUCUGAUAAGUUUCUGUAUUAAAAUUCCUAGCCUGUGAUUUACUGCUUUUUUAAUCUAUACUAACAUAUACUGACUUUUUUGCAGUAUACUUCCGUUGAAGAGGCCAUAGAGACACGAAAUGCAGUUUAUAACCUACAAUGGCCUGCAAAUGGGGGGCGUCUUCUGUUUGCAGAGUUUGUCGAGCCAGGAGAAGUGAAAACACGGGUAGAGGGUUCUUCACAAGCUGCAGGACCUGUGAUCUCCAGUUCAGUGCCUCCAGCACAGACUCCUGCCAAGAAGCAACAAGUACCUGAUCCUCAAACCAGAAGGGAACGUUUGAGCCGACCACGGACUCCUCCAGUGGAGGAGAGGACUGAUCUGCCUAUUCUCACGUUGGACGACCUGUUCAAGAAAACAAAGGCUACUCCGAGGAUAUACUAUUUGCCAUUAACUGAUGAACAAGUUGCAGCAAAACGCUCAAAGCAAAGAAAGUGACGAGCGCUUGUUUUUUGGUGAUCACGGAGAGCACUUCGUUGUUUAGAGUUGAUGCCUCCUAAAUGGGAUUGGGAGGAGAAUAGAGCUUAGCAUGUAUUAGACGCUGUCAUAGUUAUCGAAUAUUGACAAUUUAUCCAUGAUUAUUAGCAUUUUUAAAAAAUUGACACUGAUGAUUUAUUAAAAUGUUCAUCAUAUUUCUUGGACACUAGCCAAUAAAAAAUCACUUUGAAUCUAUUGCUAACUUUGUUCUGUACUAGCACUGGGAGUCUGAAUAUGUAUUUGUCUGUUUAAGGUUAGGUGCUUAUGGUGAUAACUCUAUCGUGUUUGAUUGAUUAGUUUAUCGGCAUGAUUGUAACCUUUUCUCAAUGUAUAGCAAUAAAAGUUUUGAUGGAUAACAUUGUUACGUUUGGGC